AUCCAGCAGAGGAAGAGAUUUACCCAUCGCUGCUGGAGUUAGUGGAGGCAGAUAAAUACUGUAGCGUUCUGUAACGUCUCGCUCUUUUCUCUCUCUUUAUCUCUCUCUUUCUCUCUCUCUGUCGCUGGCUCUCUUUAAACAGUGGCAGUUGCCUUUGCACUAAGAUGUCAACACCAGCUUCUCUCCAGUAACGCACAUUGUGGUUAUGCUGCCUAUAAACUCCUGCUUGAGUCUCAGUGAGAAAGAGAAGGGCUAAAGCCUGUCCAGACCAAAGAGUUGUUCAUCAUCAUCAUCGACCACACCGAUCUGACGUCAAACAUGAGUGAUCCCAUCGCCUCAGACAAACUUACCAAUGCUGUGGCUUCAGUUGUUCUCAAUCCUGAGUCGUCAGCCCAGCCGGUUCGAGUUUCCCAAAGACCAGAAGAAGAAGAGGACGGUGACCUGAACAAAGCAUUAGGCAUUCAGCGUUUCCAGCAGAUCUUGAACACGACUCCCAGAGUUCCCGGCGAGCAGCACCGCGUCUACAAUGAAAGAGAUUUUGAAUACCAUCGCCACUCCUCCCAUCACAUCCAUCAUCCGUUGUCCAAACUCGCGGGAGGCGGCCGGAGGAAGAAGAGUUCGAGGAAGAGGAGGAGAAGCAGUAGCAGUAGUAGAGACCACAGAGUAAGCUCCAGUCCCACCAGUCCUUUAGCUAUUGAGGAAGAUGAGGAUGAGGAUGAAGAAGAAGAGGUUGUGGACAGCCAGAACACCUCUAUGGUAUCAACAACAGAAGCUGAGAAGAAAGGCAACGUGCAGUUUUUCGUCUCGGACGAUGACUCUAAGGUACUCACACCCGAGGGUCCAGUGUCUCACCCUGCACGGGGUCUCGUGAUCGUACCCAGCGCUGCUGUGUGCUCAAGACCAGAGGAAAGCUCGCGCACUGAAACAUCUGAACCUGCUCCAGUGUCACCCGUUACUACUGAACCCAGUCCUCUUCAUCGUGUAUCAAGCCGCAGCUACGACCUUCACGAGAGACGUCGCACAGGCAACAUGACGGGCACAGAGCAAUCCAAAUAUCAGCGAAUCCCAACAGACGAAUUUGAGGCUCGAACUCUCGCAUCUGCCGACCUGGAUGGCAUUAAAAGCCAUCGUUUUGAAGACGUUCCCGGGGUCCGUCGACAUCUGGUUAGGAAAAGUGCAAAGGGUCAGGUGGUGCACCUCAGCAAAGAUUACAAGGAGCCCAGCACACGCAUUCGCAAACUGGACCGAACGCCACAUGAGGUGUUUGUGGAGCUCAAUGAGCUCAUCAUGGAUAAAAACCAAGAGAUGCAGUGGAGAGAAACGGCUCGCUGGAUCAAGUUUGAAGAAGAUGUAGAGGAAGAAACGGACCGCUGGGGAAAACCGCACGUGGCAUCGCUGUCCUUCCGCAGUUUGUUGGAGCUGAGAAGGACCAUCUCUCAUGGAGCCGUGCUGUUGGACUUGGACCAGAAGACGUUGCCUGGCAUCGCUCACCAGGUGGUUGAACAAAUGAUCAUCUCGGAUCAAAUCAAAGCCGAGGACAGAGCGAAUGUCCUACGUGCUCUCUUACUCAAACACAGUCACCCGAGCGAUGAGAAGGAGCACAGCUCCUUCCCCAGAAACAUCUCCGCGGCGAGUAUGGGCUCCCUGAUCAAUCAUCACCAGACCAGCAGUAAUCAUCUGUCUGUCCCCGAACUCUCGGUCACCGAGCCUCUUAUGGGAUCCGGUCAAGACGGCGCGCUUCACAUCGACAUUGAGAAGAAUGAGAAAGAGUCUGCUUCGGCUAUAGGCAUGCACAAAUCCAAAUCCAAACAUGAACUGAAGCUUCUAGAGAAAAUUCCAGAAGAUGCUGAGGCUACUGUUGUGCUUGUUGGCUGCGUUGAUUUCCUGGAGCAGCCCACUAUGGCGUUUGUUCGGCUACUGGAGGCGGUGCAGCUGGACUCUGUGUUGGAAGUACCGGUUCCUGCGCGGUUCCUCUUCGUGCUGCUUGGGCCUCCCACCACCAGCAUAGACUACCAUCAGAUCGGGCGCUCCAUUUCAACGCUCAUGUCCGACAAGCAAUUUCAUGAAUCUGCAUAUCUGGCAGACGACCGACAAGACCUGCUGAAUGCCAUCAACAGUUUUCUGGACUGCAGCAUUGUGCUUCCUCCAUCAGAGCUGGGCGAUGAAGAGCUCCUGCGCUCUGUUGCACACUUCCAAAGAGAGAUGCUCCGCAAGAGAGAGGAACAAGGGGUGGCAAUGCUGUCCAAAGAGUCCAAAAGUCUUGAAGAGAAAGAGGCCCUGUUGGCGCCCUUAAAGCCUGAAGACGACCCUUUACGACGCACAGGCCGUCUCUUCGGUGGGCUGAUCCGUGACGCGCAACGACGCUACCCGAAGUACAUCAGCGACUUUAAAGAUGCGCUUAACCCCCAGUGCAUGGCUGCCGUCAUCUUCAUCUAUUUUGCCGCUCUUUCCCCGGCGAUCACAUUUGGAGGGCUGCUGGGUGAGAAGACCGAUGGCCUGAUUGGUGUGUCGGAGCUGAUCGUGGCCACGUGUGUUCAGGGUGUGUUGUUUUGUCUACUCGGGGCACAACCUCUUCUGGUGGUGGGCUUCUCUGGACCAAUCCUUGUGUUUGAAGAAGCCUUCUUCUCUUUCUGUAAGAACAACGACAUGGAGUACCUUACGGGUCGGGUAUGGAUCGGAUUCUGGCUUAUUAUCAUCGUGGGGUUGAUGGUGGCGUUCGAGGGCAGCUUCCUGGUCCGAUUCGUCUCCCGUUUCACCCAGGAGAUCUUCUCCUUCCUCAUCUCUCUCAUCUUCAUCUACGAGACCUUCUCAAAACUGGUCAAGAUCUUUCAGGAACAUCCUCUUAGUCGCUGCUCCGGUGAGGUUGUUGAUUUCAAUGGAUCAAUGGUGUAUAACUUUAGCGUGAGGAACAUUACCUUCAGUCCAUCAGCGGUGAACAGCAGCUCACACGAGAUGGUAAAGGUGGUUGGGGAGCCCAAUACGGCUCUGCUGUCGUUGGUCCUCAUGUUUGGAACGUUCUUCAUCGCCUACUACCUGCGCAAGUUCAAAAACAGUGCUUUCUUUCCGGGCAGGCUAAGAAGAAUUAUUGGAGAUUUCGGAGUUCCCAUUGCGAUUCUUAUCAUGGUGCUGGUAGAUUACAGUAUUCGAGACACAUACACACAGAAACUGAGUGUACCUCGAGGUUUGUCUGUGACGAGUCCUGAGAAGCGAGGUUGGAUAGUCAACCCUUUGGGCACGGAUAAACAGUUUCCUAUCUGGAUGAUGUUUGCUAGCAUCCUCCCAGCUCUGCUCGUAUUUAUCCUCAUCUUCAUGGAGACACAAAUCACCACAUUGAUAGUCAGUAAAAAAGAGCGUAUGCUGGUGAAGGGUUCCGGUUUCCAUUUGGAUUUGUUACUCAUCGUGACUCUGGGUGGCACCAGCGCUCUCUUUGGUUUGCCGUGGAUGCCUGCGGCCACCGUGCGCUCUGUGACCCAUGUCAAUGCCCUUACUGUGAUGAGCAAAGCCGUCGCCCCGGGAGACAAACCACGCAUCCAGGAGGUCAAGGAGCAGAGGGUGACCGGGUUACUGGUGGCGGUACUUGUGGGUCUCUCAAUAGUAAUCGGAGAUCUACUAAGUCAAAUCCCUAUCGCUGUGCUCUUUGGCAUCUUUCUAUACAUGGGUGUGAUGUCACUAAAUGGUAUCCAGCUAACAGAACGCAUUCUGCUCCUCCUGAUGCCCCCGAAGUAUCACCCCGAUCACACCUAUGUCCGCAAGGUGAGGACGCUGAGGAUGCAUCUGUAUACAGCAGUUCAGGUGGUUUGUCUCGCUGUCCUCUGGGCCGUCAUGUCCACGAUAGUGUCGUUGGCCUUCCCGUUUCUCCUCAUCCUGACCGUCCCUGUUAAGAUGUUUGUCCUGCCGCGGAUCUUCUCCAGCCGUGAAAUGCAAUGUUUGGAUGCAGAUGAAGCUGAGCCCAGCUUUGAUGAGAAAGAGGGGCAAGAUGAGUACACCGAGAUGCAAAUGCCUGUUUAAGCCACGCCCACAUCGGAUUGUCUCACGCGUCGCCCUCUGUAACUUCAUGUCAGUCACACUAUCGGCCAAUAAGAGAGUUGCCUUUCAGAACAUGAAAACCAAAAUAGACAGAAAUCCGGUGUGUCUUGAUGCAGAGGUCAAUGUACUGUAUUGUAAAGGUGAGAAUAUCGGUUUCUCAACCCAACAUCUCCAAAGACUGCUAUCGAUAUUUUUGUAUUCAAAUCAUUUGUGCUGCUAGAUUACCGUCAUAGCCUUAAACCCAAGCAUAUUUGUAACCUAAGAGGAAUCUGUCGUUUAUAUGGGGUUAACUGGACAACGUGCAGGCUUUAAUGGGUCAAAUAUGAAUAUUCACGCCAAGACCAUCAGCAUAUAUACUGUAUGUGUGUCAUCAUUAAUUUUAUUUUAAGAAUCAGUUGAUCAGUGUUUUCCUCUUUAUAAGUUCUUCGCAGUGUACUUCAGAUAACACAAAGAGCAGUAUUUGUGAAAUUCCCAUCUGGAUACAAACGUGGGGCUUUAUUUCCUUUUAAUGUAUUUAAUUAUAAUGUUUUUUAAUGCCGGAUGUUUCUGAAAAUGUUAGAUGAACGUAUUCGAUUGUCUAUCUUGGGAGAUUUACAGAUGAGUGGAUGUACAGGACAGUAUUCACUUGUGGGCACGAGUCUUAAAAUCAACAAAAAAAAAAAACUGUUUUUAAGUACGUGCCACAUUAAAGUCCCUGGAGGUAGAUGUUUGCAAUACAGAUUGUGAUAUUUUGUGAUAUUUUUAUGGUUCAUUUUUAAGAACUUUACAUGUUGAAUAGUAAAUUUAAGUCUUUUCUUUGGCUUUACUUUGACAGUGUCUGUCCCUAUUGGAUGCAUACGUUUUUAAAAUCUUUUUAAAAACUCAUUUAGGAUUACAAACACUAAAACAGAAGCCUGGUCUCUUAAACACGAAUCUUUAACAAACACUGCGUGUAAAUUGAUUUAUAGUAUUCAAUUUGUUACCAGUCCACAUCAUGCAUACUUUCUUUGCUUUACUAGUUGGAUCACUACAGUCGGUAAACUUGUGAUACCGGGGUUAAAAUGCAAUAAAUACACUGUAAAAAGUAAAAGUUGUAUCAAAAUACUUUAAUUGGUAACGCAUAAAAAUAAAAUUUGAUUUUAAAGUGAGAUUUUUUUUUAUAAUGUAUGUUACCAAUUGAAGCAAUUAAAGUUUUUUUUCCCUUAAAGUGAGAAAAUUAAAUGUUAUAAAACUUACUUCAAUUGGUAAAACCUAAAAUUUCGAUUUUUGAUUUAAAGUGAAAAACUUGAAAAUGUUUAAAUCAUUUGUUACCAAUUUAAACAAUUAAAAAAAAAGUUUUUCACUUAAAGUAAGAAAAUAACAUUUUAUAAAACUUACUUCAAUUGGUAACAUACGGAGCCCCUAAGGGGACAUGGAGUAAAAAUUAAACAAAGUUUAGUUUGCAUAAAACUAUCGUGUGCGUACGUGAACCUAAACGCGAAAAAUUCUGCACAUGAAGGUUUCGCGUGAGCACGCCGAAGUUUCGCGUGAGCACGCGAAAAAGUUUCGCGUGAGCACGCCGAAGUUUCGCGUGAGCAUGCGCAAGUAAAAUUUAGAUUUUUUUUACUCCAAUGUCACCUUAGGGGCUCGGUAGUAACACUUAAAAAAAUUAUCAUCAUUAUUAUGUUUAAGUAGAGCAACUUUUCACUUUUUAACGUGAAGAUAGUCUCAACGCUCACAGUUUGUCUUUCGACUAAACAUACACUUUAUAUAUAAUGCGCACAAACAACAGUUGCAAUUGUUAUUUUCGGGGGUUUUUGUUGUGCUUUAGUUCAUCACAGCAUUCGUGUCUACAUUCCAGUUAGUGAUUUUCAAUUCAGGUGUGUUACGCAUUUAUACCGUUAGGAUGAUUUAAUAAUAGGAGGUUACAGAAUGGUGCAUACUUUAUAUUAUAUAGGCAUAUGCACUAACCAAUGACUGAAUCUGAGGCUGAUCUCAACACUUGUAGGUCUAGAUGUAUCAUGUCAUUAUAUCAACAUACAGUACAAAUGAUUAAUCUAUUUUUAAUAUAUAUUUUUGGUAUCUGUGGGGUGUUGUUUAGUACGUAAAGAGUUAAGUGGUUCAAUCACAGCACAUUAUCACAGUUUAUUUUUCACAUUAAACAAAUUCAAAGUUUGGUUGUCAUAUCAGGACGAUGCUUUGCAGAUGGAGAAAUGAUGGUAUAACAGCACUUUUGUGUGAAUGCUUGUAGUGUUAUUUUUUGACGGAUGUUAAACGGCACUAUUAUGUGGAUGGUAUUUAUGAAUGGUGGUCUACGAGUAUUUAUGAAGGUUCGUUAUUGAACAUUAUGCUAUUUGUUCGUCGGAUGAUAUCAAUCACUGUAUGUGUUCGACUGGUAUUUGGCAAAGGGAAGCGAGAGUUGUGUUUCAUCUGUGUAACGUCAUUUUCAUGCAUUUUAUGUUUUAGUUUCAUAUCAAAUUUUUUUAAUUUCUUGUGUACAUAAAGCAAUAUUUACAACCAAUUACACAUAUUGUGAAUAAAGUUGAUUUUUCUAUUUAA